CGUGCGGGCGCACUUCCAUUGGAAGCCGCACUGGCCAACCGCGAGCAUCUGUGCCUCCGUCAGCUGCAGCAGCGCUUAGUCAUACAUACACAUAUCCUCACCGUCGUCGCACACUCACCCAAACACACACACACACUCACACCGAUAACGCAGUUCCGUUCCGGACACAAUAACUUCUUCGAUAUGUCCCAUCACAUAGAUAUGGAAGACCACGCCGAGCCGGAGCCCGUCCUGCUCUCGAAGCACGCCAAGAACCUGCUGCGUUUCCUCAAUCUGCUGCCGGCACGGAUGGCCUCGCACGAUAACACCAGGAGUACCAUUGUCUUUUUUGCUGUGUGCGGCCUGGAUGUCCUCAAUUCCCUGCAUUUGGUGCCGCCACAGCAGCGACAGGACAUCAUCGAUUGGAUCUACGGGGGAUUGGUGGUGCCACGCGACAACGAGAAGAACUGCGGCGGCUUCAUGGGCUGCCGCGCCAUGGUGCCGAAAACGGAGGACGCCGCGCUCUUGGAGUGCAUGCGGAAGUACCAGUGGGGCCACUUGGCCAUGACAUACACCAGCAUAGCCGUCCUUGUGACCCUGGGUGACGAUUUGUCCCGUUUGGAUCGCCGCAGCAUUGUGGACGGAGUGGCUGCUGUUCAGAAGGCGGAAGGAAGCUUUGGAGCCUGCAUCGAUGGUAGCGAGGAUGAUAUGCGUUUUGUUUACUGUGCCGCCGCCAUUUGCCACAUGUUGGACUACUGGGGCGAUGUAGACAAGGAGGCCAUGUACCAGUUUAUUAUGCGUAGCCUGCGCUACGAUUAUGGUUUCAGUCAGGAGCUAGAGGGCGAGGCACAUGGUGGCACCACAUUCUGCGCCCUGGCCGCUUUGCAUCUCAGUGGACAGCUGAAACGACUGGACGCGGAUACAGUUGAACGAAUGAAGCGUUGGCUCAUCUUCCGGCAGAUGGAUGGAUUUCAGGGGCGUCCCAAUAAGCCAGUGGACACGUGCUACUCCUUUUGGAUAGGUGCUUCGCUGUGCAUUCUGGAUGGCUUCGAGCUGACAGACUAUGCAAAGAACCGCGAGUACAUACUGAGCACGCAGGACAAACUAAUUGGGGGCUUUGCCAAGUGGCCACAGGCCACACCCGAUCCGUUUCACACGUACCUGGGACUCUGUGGCCUUGCCUUCACUGGUGAACCGGGCCUGAGUGCCGUGAAUCCUAGUUUGAACAUGUCCAUGGCCGCCUGCGUUCACCUAAAGCACCUGCACGAGCAGUGGCAUUCGAGAAAUGGACGUGGCGACGACGACACGGGCUUGAGUUCUGCCGCCCAGCAGCACCUAAAGCUGGCGAAGGAGCCAGAGGCGAUGACGACUGCAACUACUACCUCUACAUCGCCUUUGAUUCAGGCACAAUGAGGGACAAAAAGCGUUGACGCACACGCACACUAUUGUAUUUGUAUGGGCCAGGUUUUAGCCACGUUUUAGCCAUGCUUUUCUACCUGUUUUUUGUAUUGCUAGAAGCUCAGGCUUUCGGAGGGAGUAAAUACGUUUAUUGUACAGCCUAAAUUAAUGUUAACAACGAGUGUAAGAUUAAGCUUAAAAUUAAAUUAAAGCGUCCCAUGCCGAA